GUCUGGCCGGGGAGGAGCCAAGUAACCGCGACACUGACACGUAAGAAUCCUGGGUAAAUUUUAAGGAGGAAGCUACAUCUUUCUGUGAGUUGAUUGUCGAUACGGCUUCCUCGCGUCAGACUUGAUGUAUAGUUGACCUGUCCCGGACCAGAGGCCAGUUCGUACGCCUUUGAAGCGACGCGGGACUGUCCCACAGAGGAGCCGACGCACAAGAUGAGAUUUCCUGCGUUUAUUUCUGUCCUGCGGUCGCUCGGCCCGGUGGUAAUCGGUAUUUCUUUAGGGUUCACGCUGAGUUUAUUGAGUGUAAACUGGACGGAAGAAGCGUGCUACCUGGACGGCAAGGAGGGCGAUGAUGUGACUGUGGGGCAGGAUGGACAGCUCAAAGGAGCCCGAAAGCCCAACUCCAUUGCGACUAUCAACGAUAUGGAGUCCGAAGAAGACUUUGAACCAAGAAUAGUCCCAUAUAAACAAGUCCAACAGAGUGCCCCAAAGAAAGUUUUCAGGGCUAAAUACAUAAGCACAGAGUUGGGGAUGCGAGAGCGUCUGUUUGUCGGGGUCCUGACGUCAAAAAACACCAUAAACACCCUGGGCGUAGCUGUCAAUCGCACCAUUAGCCAUCACCUGGACGCCGUGGUCUUCUUCACCGGCACGCGCAACCGCAAAGUCCCUCAUGGCAUGUUUGUCGUCUCGCAUGGGGACGAGAGGCUAAUAUGGAACAUGUUUCAGAAUAUCAGACACAUUUUAGAUCAUUACAUUAAUGAGUACGACUGGUUUUACUUCGUCCAAGAUGACGCCUACACAGAAGCCGACAGGAUCAAAGCCCUGGUGGAGCACCUGAGUAUGGAUCGAGAGCUUUACAUGGGCAGCCCUGAGGAGUUCAUAGGUGGAGAGAUGGAAGGGAAGUACUGCAACGGAGGGUUCGGGUACAUCCUGUCACGUACCUUGCUCCUCCGACUCCAGCCCUUCCUGGAAAACUGCAGGAAUGACAUCCUGAGCGCAAGGCCCGAUGAGUGGCUCGGAAGAUGCAUCAUUGAUUACACCAACACAAACUGUGUCAAUGAAUAUGAGGGGCUUCAGUACCACUAUUAUGAGUUGGGAAAAAACUCUGAUCCUGGUAAAGAGCAGAGUGAACAGUUCAAGAAAGCUCUGACUGUCCAUCCAGUGUCUGACCCUGAGCAGAUGUACAGGCUGCACAGAUACUUCACUGAGAUUGAGCUCCAGAAGACUUACGAUGAGAUUGCGACACUGCAGGCAGAAAUAAAGAAUGUGAGUGUGGUUGCUUUUGAGGGCAACCGGACCGCCCAGUGGCCUGUGGGGAUCAAUCCACCUUUUGAGCCGAAAUCCCGGUUCGAAGUUCUGAAAUGGGAAUACUUUACAGAGGAGGAGAUUUAUUCCUGUAUCGAUGGCUCUCCAAAGUGUGAACUGCGCGGCGUUGACCGCAUGGAUGUGGCUGAUGUCAUUGACAUAGCCAUAGGAGAGCUAAACAAGAAGUACAAGCCUGUCCUCCACCUGAAGAAGCAGCAGCUGAUUAAUGGCUACAGGCGCUUCGACCCGGUCAGGGGCAUGGAGUACACCUUGGACCUUCAGCUGGAGGCGGUCAACCAAAAAGGUCACAGCCAAUCCAUCGGCAAGCGGGUUCAUCUGGUGCGACCUUUGAGUCGAAUUGAGAUCAUUCCCAUGCCCUAUGUCACUGAAGCCACAAGGGUUCACAUCAUUAUACCUCUUAGUCUGCAGGACCGGAGCUAUGUCAACCAUUUCCUGGAAGUCUUUAGUGCAAAUGCUUUUGAGACCAGUGAAAAUGCCAUCCUAACAUUCUUGUUUAUUUAUGACCCAGUAGAGGCACAGCAAGUUAACCAGAAUGAUAUAUUUGCCAGCGUGAAAACUCAGAUAAAUGCUUAUGAACGCAAAUACCCUACAGUAAAAAUCCCAUGGAUAAGUGUCAAGACGGAAACACCAUCCCAGAUCAAAUUCAUGGACAUCAUCUCGAAGAAGCACCCGGUUGACACGCUGUUCUUCUUGGCUAAGGUCAACACAAACGUCAAUUCAGAAUUUCUGAACCGCUGUCGCAUGAAUUCCAUUAACAACUGGCAGGUAUUCUUCCCCAUCCAUUUCCAGGAUUAUAACCCUGAUGUGGCCUACCACAACCAGCAGCGUCCGGCCACAGUCGAUCUGGUUAAGGAGGCAGGCCAUUUUGACAUUAGGUCAUUUGAAGAAGCAUGUUUUUACAACUCUGACUACAUGGCAACACGUGCACGAAUGGUGGCAGACGUCCAGGAGAAUGAGGAGAUUCUCGAGACCCUGGACAUCUACGACAUGUUCGUCAAGUAUUCGGGUCUGCAUGUAUUCAGGGCAGUGGAGCCAGCAUUGCACCAGCAGUACAGCUACCAAGACUGCAACCCGCGGCUUAGUGAAGACAUCUAUCACAGAUGUGUUCAGAGCAACUUGGAAGGUCUCGGUUCCCGCUCCCAGCUCGCCAUGCUGCUGUUUGAGCAAGAACAAGGAAACAGCACUUGAAACCACCACACAACCUAUGUCAAGGGCUUCAAGGGUUACAUCUGUGACCCUGCCUGACAUUCUCCAUCUUUCAGUGUGCAUCAACCGUUAUUUGGUUUGUUAGAGAAAAAAAUUAAUGCAGUACAUUCCCAAUUAAACCUUUUCUUAAAUGUUUACAACACUUGUCCAUACAGAUGAGUUGCUAGAACCAAAUGUUUUUGCUGCUCUGACGAUUCUGAAAGCUGUGUUGAGCUAUUUUUGACCACUAGGUGCAGAAACUCAGACUAGCAGAGCCCUGAUAUAGUGCUGGCUUAUCCAGUUGAUAUGGUGUCCACAUUCCAGCGGACACUGGGCUACAUAGAUAACCCAAUGAAGUUGUCUUUCUCUCUACGUGUCCAGUGUAAUUCAAUUUUCAUUGGGAUUAGGUCCAUAAAUUCCUGAAAGAAAGAUCUUCCUUUUGACCGUUUUGUGCUGGGGAGGUAGCAUACAAUAGACUAACUUGAGAUGAUGUGAUGAGUACAGCUGCUGAUAGUUUUACUUGGGAGGGGGGGGAUAAUUUUAACCAAAACAAUGAGUGAGUUGAAAGUGGCAAGUAGCAGCUUUUAUAUUUAUAGAAUGUUGUUUGAAUUAAUGUUAAUAUCAAAGAUAUUGUUAAAUGGAGCUUUUACUUGUAGCUCUAAUAGAUAUACAUUAGUAUAUUGCACCACAGGUUGUGUGCCCUUCGUGUAGGGGGCAUUGAAAUGUUGAGCUUUUGAAUUUACUUAUUUGGGUAUUUACAGAAGCGCAUCUUCGUACAUGUGCCUUGACACUGACUUUUCAUACGUUAGCUGUUUUAUGAAAAUAUCUUUUAUGGUAUACAAUUUUGCACUUCACCACUGCAGGUGAUGCACAGCUGAUGUUUUGAUUAGAAAUGUAGUUUUGUUAAAGCACGAAUAACAGUUUUGAAUGGGUGGGAGAUGUUAUCUUUCACUGUGGAGAAAGCCUCCUGUAUAGCUGGGAGAAUUUAAAAGGUUGUCAGAUAACUUUAUUUUUUUUUUUUUUUAAGGUGACUUGGAAAUAUCAUGAUCUCAAACAUCCAUAUGUGCCUCAAAGUAGGGAAGGAGUUUCUAGAAAGUAUCUUCCCCUGGUCUUCAGAGAUCGUAGAUCUAGAAGACUGGUCUGUUUCAGUAGGCCAGCAGUGUGUAUUUGAGUUAGAUUUUUCUCCACAAAACCUUUUGAUGUCGCAAGAAAUUUCACCUUGGGUAAUGUCUGCAGUGAUUGCCCAGGUUUGUCAUCCUCAUUGAAGUAAGGGUACUUUAAAACAGAAUUUAAUUAGUUUAGAAAUGGUUGAAAACAAGAAUGUAUGAAACAUUUUUACACGUCACCAAGUAUACUCUAAAAGAAAAAGUUAAACAGUUCCAAAGUAUUUUAGACUGUAUUGUUAAAACAUUUGUAAGUUAUUAUACUGUCCAUUUCCUGAGCUCAGUUUUAGAAAUGGUUGCUUUCUCCCAGUUGCAGUGCAGUCUAAUGGGAGGCCUUUCCUACGUUAUUGGCCGGUGGUAUUGACACCAGAAAGUUUUAGUAUAUUAAAAUGUGCAAUAUUACAGAUAACACAGCUGGAUUGAUGUCCAGUUGACAUUUGCUGCAAGUUCAGCAGUGUGUAUAUCACAAUACUGUUCAUGACAAUGACAUAAAGUAAGACUUGUGCUUUCUGCUCAAUGUUAGGUAAAUACACUGUAAUUUCUUUUGACAAGACCUUUAAUGUAUUUUGCUGACACUAGACACUUUUCAUCAUAAAAUUAAGGCACGUCCUUUUUAUUUAACUUUAAUUGGAUUUAAAGCAUCUGUUACUACAUCCACAGUAGUGGUCCUCAACAGUGUUUUCUGUAUUUUCUAUCAUGCAUACAGACCGUGGAGGUCAGUUCUUACGGACUUUUAGCAUUCUUUUUAUAAUGCAUUUUUUUCUUGACAAGAGCAGUCUUUCACCGUGACAGUGCUCCAGCUGAGGUACUAUGAAUGUUCUCCUUGAUUCUUUGAAGAGUAUGACACUAAUAAUGUGUGGAAUUGGAAACUGAAUCUUCCAAAACAAAACCACUGUGAAAAGAGGGAGGGCUGAGAUUACAGUUUGAAGUUAUUGUGGUGAUCUGUGUUGUCUUUGCCUUCUAUAGACGUGAGAUUCACAAAAUUAAGCGAGUGUGGCAGAUUAAUUAAUUAAUUAAUUAAAAUGAAUGUGUUGUUAACACAGCCACCAUCGCUGAGCGAAGUCUCUAAGUAUUUUGUCCAUAACUUAUUUAUCUGUCAUUUCUCUAUGAAUUAUGCAGAAUCUGAAUACUUCCGCACUAACAGAGGCUUUCAUGACAUUCUCUGUACAUGUAUAAAUAUUUUAUAGACUAUUUUAAGCCUUUUUUAGCUUUAUUUACACAGCAAUUGAUCUUUUAUUUAUCAAUAUUGACAGUAAUGUAAUGAUAUAAUAUUUUUGGAGACAAAAUUAAACAUAGUGUAUCUUUGUAUUUUGUGCUCGAAAAUCAUAUCAUUUGAUCCGGAAGACACUUUCAAUCAAUUGAUUUAAAAAGCAGGUUCAUUUUUUGAUUUCCAUUGAUGUUUUGACUUAUUGGUUUACAUUAUUUAUGCAUAUGGGUACUAGUAUAACCAAAGCAAUACAUUUUAAUAAAUGCUCAUCACAUUUAAUUGUGUGCUGUAAUUCCAAAUGAACUGUGAAUUGUUGUAAUUUUUAAAUAAAGAAUUUUUGAAUAUAAA